GAUCCCUUGUGUUAUUGUGAACUGUCAAAAUUUGUCAAAGCGAUUCUUAUUUUAUUUUUCAUUUCCUAUUUAAAUAAGCAAUAUUAAUGUUAAUUUAACCAAUUAUUUAUUAAAAUAACUUAUUUCAAACUUAAGUAAAAUGGCAGAUGAUAAAAUUCUCGUUUAUUUCAAGUGCCAACACUGUUUACAACCUUUAAGGUUGGACGAAUCUUUAGAUUCCUUCAGCGAACAUAUAUUCGCGGAAUUAACUCUACCGAUUUCAUCGGUUCCUGAUGUGGAUCUUGAGUCGCAAGCGACCAGUUUUGAUCAUUAUGUUCAUCCAUGUCGAUUAUCUGACUCAGGAAAUGGAGCCACAGGUUUUAUGUUGAUAUCUGAUGGGCGUGAAGUUGAAAUGGAAACUUUAAGUCAUAAAAUGCGAGUUAGAGCUGUUCUUUUUGAUCUUGUUUCAGACAAUUCUUUUAUUGAUCAUCCUCUUUGUGAUGAAUGUACUGAUUCUGUCUUACAACUUUUGGAGCAACAAAUACAAUUAGUUCAAACUGAUUGUGAGGAUUUUACUAAAUAUUAUAAUAAAUUGGAGAAGGAUACAAAAGAACCUUCAUUAAGUGAGUUACAAAAAGAAUUAGAAGAUGUUACAAGUGAAGAGAAGAGAUUGAUGGAAGAGUUGGAUGCUUUAGAACAAGAAGAAAAAUUAACAUUGGAAGCUAUUAAAGAGGAAGAAUUAAAAGCCAAAGAGUUGGCUAAAGAAGAAAAUAAUUAUUGGGAGGAGUAUAUAACACAUCGGGAAGAUUAUGAUGAUACAGAUGAUGAAUACAAGUCCUUAGAAAGACAAUUGCAGUAUACUCAAACGCAAUUAGAAAAAUUAACUAAUACAAACGUAUUUAAUGCUACAUUCCAUAUUUGGCAUUCUGGUCAUUUUGGUACGAUAAAUAAUUUUAGAUUAGGUAGAUUACCUUCUGUCCCAGUGGAAUGGUCUGAAAUUAAUGCAGCAUGGGGACAAAUUGCUUUAUUAUUAACUGCACUAACAAGAAAAAUUAAUUUGAAUUUUGAAAAAUAUAAAUUAGUACCAUAUGGAAAUCAUUCUUAUAUAGAGGUUUUAGCCGAUCAAAAAGAACUCCCUUUAUAUGGAUCUGGUGGUUUUAGAUUUUUAUGGGAUACCAAAUUUGAUGCUGGAAUGACAGCUUUUUUAGAUUGUUUACAACAGUUUAAGGAAAAAGUGGAACAGCUUGAUACAGAAUUUAUUAUCCCUUAUAGAAUGAGUAAGGGUAAAAUUGAAGAUGCCAAUGCUAGUUAUUCAAUAAAGAUACAAUUUAACUCUGAAGAACAAUGGACGAAAGCACUUAAGUUUAUGUUAACGAAUUUAAAAUGGACUCUCGCUUGGGUUUCCUUGCAAUUUAAAGACCAAGAAGAUGUUACCCUCUAAAAAAAAUAUUAUAGCUGUAGAAUAGAAUAUGUACAUUUUUGCGAAAAUUUUUUAGAAAAUAAAUUAAUUUAAAAAGA